AUGCCAUCAAAGACUACAGAUAUAUCGAUCAAAGCCAUUGCACCAAUACUGUACACGUUAUACUAUGGAACAUUCAUCCACACACCAACAUUAACCAAUUUGGAGAUUUCUUUCAACACUAUAGUUGGUGUUAAUUCACAAGGAGUAAUUGAUUAUAUUUAUAAGGAGUACCAUCCUAUUGAUCACAAUAGUCAGUCGCCCAUUGAAUUUUUUUGCAAACAACAGGGGACAUAUACUGAUGAAGAUGUAAACUUUAUUGACAUAUCUCGAGAUUACACCAAAUUCUUCUUUCCUGGAUUCAUAGAUACCCAUAUACACGCAUCGCAGUUCCCCAAUGUUGGUAUUGGGUUGGAUACACCUUUGUUGGAUUGGCUCAACAAGUAUACGUUCCCACUUGAAAGUCAAUUUUGUGGAGAUGGUGAUAAAAAGAUGGAGUUUGCUAAAUUGGUCUACACCAGAGUUAUCCAACGCACGCUACUUAAUGGAACUACAUGCGCAUCAUAUUUUACCACUAUUGAUCCUGAAACCUCAAAUUAUUUUGCUGAAUUGUUGUUAAAGUUGGGCCAGAGGGGGUUUGUUGGCAAAGUAUGCAUGGAUUGCAACGAACCUUAUCCUAAAUACGAAGAAAGUUUAGAGGACUGUAUCAAGUCAAUGAACAAGAUAAUUGACCAUUUGGAUGAUAUAAAUCCUGAGUUUGACACCUUGGUGAAACCGAUAAUUACUCCCAGGUUUGCUCCUGUUUGUACACGGGAAAUGUUGACAUAUUUGGGCAAUUUAAGCAAAAGAAAGAGUUUACCUAUACAAACCCACAUUAGUGAGAAUAAACUGGAGAUUGAGUUGGUGGCUAAGAUGUUUCCUGAUUGUGGCAGCUAUGCCGAAGUCUACAACAGGUAUAACUUAUUGAAUGAGGCUACUAUUUUGGCCCACUGUAUUCAUUUCUCACCCGAGGAAUGUCAGCUAAUUGCUGAUAAAAAUUGUUCAGUAUCGCAUUGCCCUACUUCAAACACAUUUAUCUCGAGUGGAGAAGCUCCCAUACGCAAAUAUCUAUACGAUUACCACAUAAACGUUUCGUUGGGUACUGAUAUAAGUGGCGGAUUUGAUUCAAGCAUAUUACAUAUCAUAAAGCACGCAAUUUUGGUUAGUCAUCACUUGUCAAUGAAGCCUGUGGAAGAGACAGCUAUUGAUUGCAAAUUAUCCAUGACUGAAGGGUUGUACAUGUCAACUAUGGGAGGUGCAAGAGCAGUUGGGUUGGAAGACCAAAUUGGGUCGUUUACCAAGGGCAAGAAGUUUGACUGCCAAUUGAUUGAUUUGUCAACUACUACUACUACUACUACUGCAACUGAUGUUUUUGCAUGGCAAGUACCUCAAGCUAGUGAGUCAGCGGAUGUUAAAUACGCCAAGAUGGUUGAUUUAUUAGGCAAAUGGGUGUUUAGUGGUGACGACCGGAAUUGUGUUGCUGUAUGGUGUAAUGGGAGGCAAGUUGUUGAUAAAACAACAACGACUGGAGUUGAUGCAAAGUCGAAUGGGGUAGAGUAA